AUGCCUUUCAUGGAAAAGCUUAUGGAGAACGAGAAUGAAGGGAACCAGCUUCGCUCAGAAGACCGGGACGAGGACGAGGCCAAGGCCACCGAGAAGUGGAGUUUGGCAGCCAAAAUGCAGAAAGUGAAAAAUUACCUGUGGGACCCUGAGAAGAGGGAAUUUUUAGGCCGCUCAGGCCAGAGCUGGAGUCUCAUUUUACUCUUCUACCUUAUCUUCUAUGCCUUCCUGGCUGGGAUGUUCACUCUGUGUAUGUACACCAUGUUGUUGACCAUCAGCCCUUACAUCCCAACCUACAGGGAUCGAGUGAGUCCCCCUGGAGUUAUGAUCAGGCCCUACACCUACAGCUUUGUCUUCAACUUCAAUGCAUCUGAACGUGACACAUGGGGCUCUUAUGUGGACAGCUUGCAUCACUUCCUCCAGGCUUACAAUGACAGCAUUCAAGAUGAAAAGAAUCUGGACUGCCCUCCCGGGAAGUAUUUCAUCCAGGAGGGAGCAGAGGACAAAGAAAAGAAAGCCUGUCAGUUCAAGCGCUCAUUUCUGGGGAACUGCUCUGGCCUCCAUGAUCCGACGUUUGGCUAUUCUACUGGGCAACCUUGCGUCCUUUUGAAGAUGAACCGGUUGACACCCGAUGGUCUGAUCGGGACUUUGGGACAGACCCUUCACUUCACUUUCCUCUGUAACAUAAGGAGGAUGGAUACUAUGACAUUAUUUCCCUGCCUCAGUAAGUGGAGUCUCUCCUCUUGCCUGCAGGUUAACUACACAUCCCCACUGGUGGCGGUACACUUUACGGAAGUGAAGAAGAAUCGGGCUGUGGCUGUGGAGUGUCAGCUGAAGGGCAAAAACAUUCAAAACAACAUCACCAAUGACCGGUUCGUGGGCCGGGUCCUCUUCACGCUGAACAUUGGCGGGUAGCUGCCCCUGCUUGGGCCCCCCCAACCCCCUGAGUGUUCCCUCAGUUGCCACUGAUAACCACCAACCUCUCUCCCCUAGUGAGGACAUGGUCACUGCUCACUUAGGACAGAAAGUGCUCCCCGUUGUCUUGGUUUUUGAAAGGUUACCCUGGUGACCCACAAAUGGACUUCCAUUUCUUUCACUUAAUAAAGCAAGAACCACUUGUGCUGUUAGCUAUCGUACUAUAACACCGAUACAGGCAUGUGCCAAACCCAGGAUUACCUUGAAGGUUUUGUUUCUUUUUUGGCUCAAAAUCCAUAAUGUGAAGCCUGUUGGACCUGUCAUUCAAGGACUUGGUCCCGAGUCUGGGUCUAGCACUCAUUACCUGCAAGACUUUUCCUCUCAGGACUUGUUUCUUCCUCUAUGAUUUGAAAGGAAUUGGUUGCUGGUCUCUACCAGCUCUGGACCUAGGAGCCUAUAUAAAUUUCUUUCCCUUAA